GUAAUCAAAAUCAUGGGCCACAACAACUAGACAUGAUGCGAACUCUUGGAUUUUAUUGAACAACCAACAAAACUCUGUGGGCUUUUUCCUCCAGGCAUGGAGUAUGGUACUGAUAUUGUAUGCUAUGUUUGCUUCUUGUGUGAAUGCACCAGGGUACAGUGUGGCAGUGGUACACGCAGAACACAGACCCUUGACAUGGCUAGAGCUCCACGGCAGAGCACGAGAGGGAAGGUGUUGGUGUUUCAGGAUGGCUGCUUAAAACAAACCCUACAAGGAGAACAGGUUGGAUCUUAUUUGGGAUCUGAGCUCUGCCCACUUGAUGUGAACUAUGAUGGGGUGACCGGUCUCCUCCUUGUUGGAGCUCCAUUCUAUCACAUUCAAGGGGAAGAAGGAAGGGUUUGCGUCUAUCGCCUGGAGACAGAGAUGGAUUCAUUCACCUUGAAAGGACACUUAAACGUACAGGUGACCUCUCCUUCAGCAAGGUUUGGGUUUACUGUGCCUGGCGUUGGGAACAUCACUGGGGAUGGAUCUGAGGACAUUGCAGUUGGAGCCCCCCUCCUCCUCCCCCCCCGUCAAGUUGUUCCUCUUUUGGCAACAUUUACAUCUUUAAUGGUGAUAAAGACAAGGUCCAGAGCUCCUUUUCUCAAGCACGUGUCUUGUUGAGAAUUGCCUCCUGUACCCCUUGAUAGGGAAAAGCUUGUGUUUUUGUAGCAAGAGGCUGGGAGGAAGGACUUCCACAUCUCAUUUGUGUUGAUGGGUGAGAAACUUGCAGAUGUCAGAUGGUUUAUGUGACUCCACAGCUUUCUGCAGCAGAGCUGCUCCUUAACUGUAAUCAUCCACCUGUCUGCUUAGGCAAAGGAGCUGGGUUCAGGUGCUGCCUCUA